AUGACUUCUAAUCAUCCCCUCUCUUUACUAGCCACCUUGGCAUUGCUACUGACACUUGUCAGUGCCGUCGCUCCUAUCGUCGAUCUUUCCUACAGCAAGUAUAUGGGAAAGGAUCUCGGGAAUGGCGUCACUCAGUGGCUCGGUAUGAGGUACGCAGCACCGCCUGUUGGUGCUUUGAGAUUCAUGCCUCCUCAAGAUCCCCCCAGGUCUCGUAAAGUAAAGGACGCAAGCAAAUUCAGACUCAAGUGUCUUGGUUCAGGGGUAUCAGCUCGUUCAAUCGAUAAGACACAAUCGGAAGACUGCCUGUUUGUCAACGUCUGGGCGCCCACAAAUGCCGCCAGAAAGGCUAGGCUGCCUGUCUAUGUCUUUAUCCAGGGAGGCGGCUUCAACAUCAACUCAAAGGCCACCACUAAUGGCACUGCGCUUAUCCAAGCUUCCGGUAUGAACAUGAUCGUUGUAACUCUCAACUAUCGAGUAUCAAUCUUUGGCUUCUUGUCACAUGGCGACAAAAUGCAGCCCAAUAACGGCCUUCUUGACCAGAGAAAGGUAUUGCAAUGGGUUCAGAAGUACAUCUCAAGAUUCGGGGGUAACCCUAAGCACGUCGUCCUGGGCGGUAACUCCGCAGGGGCUACGAGUGUGGCCUUCCAUCUGACUGCCUAUGGAGGCAGAGAUGACAAGCUAUUCCAUGCAGCCUCAGCCGAGUCAAUCUCUUCUAUGCCUGUGGUGACUCUGGAACAGGCUGCCUACAGGGCCGAAGGCGUCAUGUCCCAACUCGGUUGCACUGAGGGGGACGUAAUGGCAUGUAUGCGGAAGAAGACAUCCUUCGAGCUAUCCUCAGCCCCCAAGAGAGUUCCAGCUCCGGGCAGCACCAAAAUGACAUCGGCUAUGUGGAUGCCUGUUGUUGAUGGAGAUCUGGUCAGAAACCCUCUAUGGGACUCUUUCAGUAAAGGCAACUUUGUCAGAGUGCCCACCAUCAUUGGUGCAACGACGAAUGAGACUAUCGGUUUAUCCAUCACCUCGUCUUCUCAAGCACAGACUGAUAGCUUCUUGCAAGCCGAGUAUCCUAUGAUGAACUCAGCUCACACGGAUAGUAUCAGCGCCUUGUAUUCCAACGGGACAAACAAGUGCUCGACUGCUGCUUGUUUCAAAGAACAGUUGAGAGAUUCCUACGGCCACAUGCGAUUCAUGUGCCCUGGUGUCUCUUUUACUAGCGCAAUGUCCUACUGGAUGCCCAAUAAAACAUGGAGUUACUGGUACAACGUACAGGAUAGUCCAGGUGGAGGCGUGGGCCAUUGUAUCGAGCUGCAUGCCAUAUGGGGACCAGGUCAAGCGAGCACUGCAGCACCAAAAAGCUACUUAGCUGGAGGUGCCAACGCGAACGUCACCAACGUCAUGCAGGGAUAUUGGGCGAGUUUCAUUCGCUCCUAUGAUCCCAAUAAGUAUCGCUAUGCAAACACUUCGGUUUGGCAGGCUUACUCAAAGACUCGAAGGCAACGCCUGGUAGUCGACACAGGAGCCAGAACCAGCUUGCAGAACAUGACCCAGACUAUGCAGAACCGAUGUGAUUACUUUGAUUCAAUUGCAAGCUUAGUGCAGCAAUAG